CACGAAUGUAAGCUUCUAUUCUAAAUAGUGGCAAUGGAAAAAUAUACUUUAUUUGUUGUGAUGUUUUUGACUGCAAUAACAGGUGUGUCAACGGAAAUAAUUCCGACAGGAGAAUGUAAAGAAUGUUCAGACGGUUCUCGCUGUGCUUAUAGAUGGCAAUUCUGUGAUAAUUGGAAUACUUGUGACAAUGGAGAGGAUGAAAACGAGGAUAUAUGUAGAGAUUUGGAAUGCGAAAAAGGCCAAAUGAAAUGUAACGACGGGAUACAUUGUUUUCCUGAAUAUACUUUAUGUAAUUACAUCGCCUAUUGUAAAGAUGGUUCAGAUGACGAUCCUGAAAUGUGCAAAGAACGAACGUGUCCAACUAAUACAACGAAGUGUAGUGAUGGCAUUGCCUGUUAUUCGCCAAAAGAUCGCUGUAAUGGUGCCGAAUUGUGCAAAACUGGUGAUGAUGAAGAUAUAGAAAUGUGCAAAGAUGUUCAGUGCCCACCGGAUCAUGUAAAAUGUACUGAUGGUUUACAGUGUAUUAGAACGAAUUACCUCUGUAAUGGAUAUCCAAGUUGUAAGGAUGAGUCCGAUGAAAGUAAAGAGACGUGUACAGAUUUUCAGUGCCCACCGGAUCAUGUAAAAUGUGCGGAUGGUUUAGAGUGUAUAAGAACGUAUAAACUCUGUAAUGGAUAUGCUAGUUGUAAUGAUGAAUCCGACGAAAGUAAAGAUACAUGUGUAGAUUUCGAAUGUGGUGAAGAUAAGGUCAAAUGCCAGGAUGGUAUGCAGUGCAUAUAUGAGAAAAGUCAAUGUAAUGGUUGGCCGGACUGUAAAGAUAGAUCUGAUGAAUCAGCUGAAGUGUGUAAUGAUUAUAAGUGUUCAGAUGAUCAAGUUAAAUGUAGGGAUAACAUAGAGUGUAUUUAUAAAUCAGGCCUAUGCAAUCAAUAUACCAAUUGCAAUGACGGAUCUGACGAGGAUGAAGAUUUUUGUAAAGCCUUUCCUUGUGAAUACAGCAAGGUCAAGUGCGCAAAUGGUCUUCAAUGUGUCUAUAAUUCUACUUUUUGCGAUGGAGUGAAACAUUGUGCAGACGGUUCGGAUGAAGAGGGAGAGGUGUGCAAAGCAUAUGUUUGCCCUGAGUGGAAAAGCAAAUGUGCUGAUGGACAACAAUGUGUCGACGAACAAAAUAGUUUGUGUAAUGGAAAUGUAGAUUGCAACGAUAAGUCAGAUGAAGAUCCAGGCUUUUGUCGAGCAUAUGUUUGCCCUGAGUGGAAAAGGAAAUGUGCUGAUGGACAACAAUGUGUCGACGAACAAAAUAGUUUGUGUAAUGGAAAUGUAGAUUGUAACGAUAAGUCAGAUGAAGAUCAAGGCUUUUGUCGAGAUUAUAGCUGCAGUGAUUACAAUCGAAAAUGUUCUGACGGAUUGCAAUGUAUCGGUGAUUACAGCUUAUGUGACGGCCAUGAAGAUUGUACAGAUAAAUCAGAUGAAGAUCCAGACGUUUGUAGAGCAAGGGAAUGUGACAGAGUCAAAGUGAAAUGUGAUGAUGGCAUACAAUGCAUUUAUAAAUCAAAUGUAUGUAACAAAUACACACAUUGUAAUGACAAAUCUGAUGAGAAUGAAGAUAUGUGUAAAGAUAGAAUUUGUGAACCAGGCGAGAAAAAGUGUGCAGACAAUUAUCAGUGUAUAAACAUAGAUAAUUUUUGUAAUGGAUAUACGGACUGUAAUGAUGAGUCUGACGAAGAUGCAGUUGCCUGUAAAGCAAGAGAAUGUGCUUAUGGUUCUAGAAAGUGUAAUGAUGAUUACCGUUGUAUUAAUGAAGAACGGUGGUGUGAUGGACGUGAUGAGUGUUCAACAGGAGAAGACGAAGAACCAGAUAUGUGCUUACAUUAUGAGUGUCCUGUCGGAUUUGUAAAAUGCAAAGACGGGCUGCAGUGUAUUCGUGCUUUUUCCAUGUGUACUGGAAAUUUUCUUGGUUUGGGUUCAGAGUGUAAAGAUGGUUCCGAUAAUGAUACAGAUCAUUGUUCAGCUUACGAAUGCCCCGUGUACUUUGAAAAGUGUCCUAAUGGUCAUCAAUGUGUACAUCAGUCAAUGAUUUGUUCUGGGGAACAGAUGUGUGAUGGCGAAUCAGAAGAUGAACAACAAUUUUGUAAAACACGCAGCUGUGGUGACAUUAUGUCGAAAUGUGAUAAUGGAUACCAAUGUGUGCUCAAUUUCAAGACAUGUGAUGGUGUUGCAGAUUGUGCAGAUAGUUCAGACGAGAAUCCAGACUUAUGUGUAGAGAAUCGUAUCUGUCCAGUUGGAAUGGUGAAAUGUGAAGAUAAGGUUCAGUGUAUUUAUGAAAUACAGUUUUGUAGUAAAUAUCCUGACUGCAAGGAUAAAUCGGAUGAAAGCCCAGAGAUUUGUACAAAAGACAGAGCUUGCCCUACUGGAAUGUCUAGGUGUUCCGCAAAUGACCCAAAUUGCAUAUAUGAUAGUUGGUUCUGCAACAACCAACCCGAAUGCGAAAACAGAGAGGAUGAAAGUCCGAAUAGUUGCUUUAAUCGUCCAAAAGGAUCCACUAAGUUGCCGUGGCUGACAUAGCUGGCAGUCAAAUUGGAUUUUUAUUAAAGCCAUUGCACUUAAGUCCUACGACAACAGACAAUAAUUGAAUUGUUUGAAAAGUAUAAAAUGCCUUUAUUGUAUCUGUAAAUAGUGGGGAUAGCGAUUUGGUUUGCACGAAUCUUGUUUUGAUAUGUUAUCACCAUAUAAUAAAAUUAUUUGCUAUACGU